GCGUUUACCAUUGCGUUGCUUUUCCACAAUGGAUGUUGGAGAGAACCGUAUAACGGGUAGCAUAAGUAAAUUUACGUAACGAAUUGCAUGAAGAGACGUAAUAUUGCAUCAACAAUAUAAGGAAUAUUGUCGAGUUAUAUUUCUGAAAUGAGAUGUAAAGUAUCAUUGGUGAUUUAUUUGAAAAGUCAGUGUUGAGCAUCAUGCAGAACUUGGCCACGUGCUCUAAUCGACAUUUGCUUGCUCCUGGAAAUAUAUUUCGACUGUUAUUGAAUUGUGGUACACAUGCUAGAACAGCGAUUCAGCAUAGAGCACUGCUGAGUAGAGGUUUGAAGUAUUUGAGGAAUGGUCCAGCACAUAAACUGAUUCAUCCAGUAUCAUACCAUGCAUACAAACAAUUUCAUAGGGAGUAUAGAGCUGUAUGCUCAUUACUUCAAAGAAGUGGUUUUGGAAUUGUAACAGAGUUUUCAAAAAUCACAGGACAAAGAAGUUUUAGUACCCCUGCAAAUAAGCCUAAAAAUCCAUCCAAUGCAGAGAAGUCUGCAAAAGGAACACCCGAAAAUGAUUCUGAAAAUGAUAAGAAAAAAAAGGAGAACGAAGAAAAAUUAAAAGCACUUUUUAUUAAGUUAUCAAUGUGGACAUUAUUUAUGUACAUAACAAUAGCAUUUUUAAUGUUCUUCAUAGGUUCAAAUCGCCAAAACGUUGAGGGUUCGAAAUUUGUAUCUUGGAAUGAAUUCUUGUAUCACAUGUUAGCUAAAGGGGAAGUAGAAGAAUUGAUUGUAAGACCAGAAUAUGAUGUGGUGACAAUAGUCUUAUAUGAUGGUGCUGUUAUUAAAGGUAAAAGAAGCAAGUCCAAAAUAUAUCAUAUGAUUGUAUCGGAUGUAGUUAAUUUCGAAGAGAAGCUUAGGGAAGCUGAGCGAAGUCUGGGUAUAAAACCAGAUCAAUACGUACAAAUUGUGUAUGAACGCAAGAAAGAACUUCUUGCGCAGUUGGUAUUAUAUCUCAUAGCGUUGGGUGUUGUCAUCACUGUAUUAAUGCGUUCUCGUGGACUUCGAGGACCGAUUGACUUUUUGGGUCAGAUGACUCGCGCCAAAUUUACCUUAGUCGAUCCGUUAACGGGUAGUGGAAAAGGUGUGCAUUUUGAGGAUGUAGCAGGCCUCAAGGAAGCCAAGAUAGAAGUUAUGGAGUUUGUUGAUUACCUAAAGCAUCCUGAGCACUACAAAUCUCUUGGCGCUAAAGUGCCCAAAGGAGCUUUACUUCUGGGACCACCAGGAUGUGGAAAAACACUUCUAGCCAAAGCUGUGGCUACCGAAUCCAAUGUUCCCUUUCUCUCAAUGAAUGGUUCUGAGUUCAUUGAAAUGAUCGGUGGUUUAGGCGCCGCCAGGGUGCGAGACUUGUUCAAAGAAGCCAAAAAACGAUCACCUUGUAUUAUUUACAUCGACGAGAUCGAUGCGAUUGGUAAGAAACGCUCCGGGACAAUAUCAGGUCCCAUGGAUGGUUCGUCUGGAGAAUCUGAACAGACUUUAAAUCAGCUUCUUGUCGAAAUGGAUGGAAUGGCAUCAAAAGAGGGUGUCAUCCUCCUGGCAUCUACCAACAGAGCCGAAGUCUUAGACAAGGCUCUCCUGAGGCCUGGUAGAUUUGACAGGCACAUACUGAUCGACCUACCUACCUUGGAAGAGAGGAAACAAAUUUUUGAACGUCACCUUAAAGGAAUCGCACUCAAGCAGAAACCGGAAUUCUACUCUUACAGAUUAGCUUAUCUCACUCCAGGAUUCAGCGGUGCUGAUAUAGCUAAUGUUUGCAACGAAGCUGCUUUGCAUGCUGCUAGGUACAAGAAGAAGGUGGUAGAUUCCAGCGACUUAUCAUACGCAGUAGACCGAAUGGUAGGUGGUACCGAGAAGAGAGAUCACGCAAUGAGUCCAGCAGAAAAACGCAUUGUCGCCUAUCAUGAAGCUGGCCAUGCUCUGGUAGGAUGGUUACUGGAGCAUACGGACGCUCUCUUGAAGGUCACCAUAGUGCCAAGAACUAAUCUGGCUCUAGGCUUUGCCCAGUAUAUACCAACAGAUCAGAAGCUCUAUAGCCAAGAGCAGCUGUUCGAAAGGAUGUGUAUGGCACUUGGUGGUCGCGUCUCUGAAAGUCUAACUUUCAAUAAGAUAACCACAGGAGCUCAGAAUGAUCUUCAGAAAGUAACCAAGAUGGCGUAUUCUCAGGUGCAACAGUUUGGAAUGAAUGAGAAUGUAGGCUUACUCUCCUUCGACGAGGAAGUUACUAAUGCCAAAAAUAAAAAACCCUACAGCAAGAGAUUAGGCAACCUCAUGGAUGGCGAAGCUAGAAGAUUGGUAGGCAAGGCUUACAGAAGAACUGAGCAGCUUCUUCAGGAAAAUAAAGACAAAUUGCAAUUGCUUGCUGAGACUCUACUGAAGAAGGAAACCCUAAACUAUGAAGACGUUGUCAAUCUAAUCGGGCCACCGCCAUUUAAAAACAAAAAGUUUGUGGAACCAGCCGAUUUUGAGAGUUCAAUUCUAGAACAAGAACCUCCAGCAGAGCAACCGACAACCGUGUAGUACUUUGUUAUUUUAAUAAAAUUAUAAGUUAAGCGUGA